AUGCCUGGGUGGGAUCCCGUACCCAUCUCUCAUAGCCACCAUUUACUGUACGCGGGCGUGGCUCUGUUCUGCGGCUGCGGACACGAGGCCCUGUCCGGCACCGUCACCAUCCUCCAGAACUACUUCGAGGUGGUGCGGAGCCCCGUGGAUGCCCUGGACGUCUUCACCAUGAUUGACAUCAUCAAGUACGUGAUCUACGGCAUCGCCUCGGCUUUCUUCGUCUACGGCAUCCUGCUGAUGGUGGAGGGCUUCUUCACCAGUGGCGCCAUUAAAGACCUGUACGGAGACUUCAAGAUCACCACCUGCGGACGCUGCGUCAGCGCCUGGUUCAUCAUGCUGACAUACAUCUUCAUGCUGGCUUGGCUCGGAGUGACUGCUUUCACCUCCCUCCCGGUCUUCAUUUAUUUCAACAUCUGGAAUAUUUGCCAAAACGCUACCGUGCUGGAGGGGGCCACACUCUGCCUGGACCCACGCCAGUAUGGUAUCGUGCCCAUCGCCGAGGCGAAGACAGUGUGUGCUGGAUCAGAGAAGUUCUACAAGAUGUGUGAAUCCAACGAGCUGGACAUGACAUUCCACCUGUUCAUCUGUGCCCUCGCUGGAGCAGGAGCUGCAGUUAUUGCUAUGAUCCACUACUUGAUGGUUCUGUCUGCCAACUGGGCCUACGUGAAGGACGCCUGCCGAAUGCAGAAGUACGAGGACAUCAAGUCGAAGGAGGAGCAGGAGCUCCACGACAUCCACUCCACUCGCUCCAAGGAGCGUCUCAACGCCUACACAUAA